GUUUAUUUACUAGUGAGCAGUGAGUUAGGAAGGUUCCGGAGAUGAAGUUUAAAAGUUUAAAAUUGAAGUUCUUGUUACGCUAGAUUAUUAGUUGCAUAAGAUUUGCUUGUUCACGAUAUAGUGUUGUAUCGAAGGUUUUUAUCAUCAUGAAGACGGCUAAACCAAUUUUUCUUAGACCAGGUGAUUCCUCGAGUUGGGAAGAGGACAAGUCGGAUGUGGAAGCUUUGUCUGGAACCAGAUUUGUGUAUAACCCAAACAUUUCUCUGGCGUUGGAUCACCAACGACGGAAACUGCCAAUUUUUCAAAACCGUAACCAUAUAUUGUAUUUGCUGGAAGAAUAUCAAACUUUAGUUCUGGUUGGGGACACAGGUUGCGGAAAAAGCACACAAAUUCCACAAUACCUGGUUGAAGCUGGUUGGUGCGAGGGAGAGAAGAUGGUGGGUGUGACGGAACCGAGACGGGUAGCAGCCACUACUCUUGCCACUAGAGUCGCAGAUGAGAAUGGUACGAUGCUGGGUCAAACUGUGGGGUACAGCAUCCGCUUCGACAACUGCUGUCAGCAUGGUGUCACCAAGAUAAAGUACAUGACUGAGGGGAUCCUCAUGAGAGAGAUGAUGGCAGACCCCCUGCUACGCAGCUACUCUGUCAUCAUGCUGGAUGAAGUUCAUGAGAGGACUCUCUUCACUGACAUCCUCAUGGGGCUUCUCAAGAAAAUCCUCAGGAAACAGAAGAAGUUGCGACUAAUUGUUACAUCAGCAACAAUGGAUGCAGAACAUCUAUGUAACUUCUUCAACCAGAGCACAGAGAAAGAUAAGAAAUCAGCUGUUAUAAUGAGUGUUGAAGGCAAACUACAUCCAGUACAGGUCCAUUUCCUGAAAGAUCCAGUGCCAGACUAUGUGACUAGCACAGUGGAUACAGCUGUCAAAAUACAUAAGUAUGAACCACCUGGGGAUGUAUUGUGCUUCUUGACAGGUCAAGAGGAAGUUGAUCGGACAGUGAGCCUGUUGAGAGACCACGCUUCUUCCAACCCUCGCAGGGACUUAGAGUUGGUGGCAUUGCCGAUGUACGGUUCAUUGCCUAAUGCAGACCAGCUCCGAGUGUUCCAGAGUACUCCUAAAGGUCAGCGCAAGGUUGUGGUCGCCACCAAUAUAGCAGAGACCUCAGUCACCAUCCCCGGCAUUGUCUAUGUGGUGGACUGUGGGUUUGUCAAAAUGCAAUGGUACAACGUGAGCACGUCCAGUGACAGUUUGGUGUUGGUGCCGGUUUCCAAAGCCUCUGCAGAGCAGAGGGCUGGACGUGCAGGUAGAGUCAGGCCGGGUAAGGUUUACAGACUUUACUGUGAGAAAGACUACACCACUCUACACAACGCGACGCCUCCCGAGAUGCAGCGAAUGGAACUGUCAGGGGCAGUGUUGCAGCUGAAGGCACUCGGUAUAGACAACGUUCUGAGGUUCGCAUUCCCCUCGCCGCCACCAGCCCGCCACCUCGCCUCUGCUUUAGAACUGCUGCACGGUCUCGGUGCGAUAGAUAACAGCGGGGCUCUCACCUCGCCCCUCGGUCUGCACAUGGCAGAGUUCCCUCUCCCUCCACUGCACAGCAAGGCUCUUCUUGUCUCUGGAGAAUUUGGAUGUUCCGAGGAGAUGGCCAGUAUCCUGUCCCUGUUGCAGGUGCAGAGUGUGUUCACCAAGCCAGGUGGUGGUGCCGCGGCAGUUAAAGCUCGUGUGGAGAGACGCAAGUUUGAGGUAGCAGAGGGUGACCUGCUUACGAUGCUGAACGUGUACACAGCGUAUAGGAGUAGUGUAGCGCGACAGGAAAGCUCCAGCCGGGCCUGGUGUCACAAACACUUCAUCAACCACAAGGCCAUGAAGAGAGUCUCCGAGAUACGGACACACAUGUUGAGCCUGCUGGAAAAGCUUGGUGUUCCUGCCGUAUCUUCUAAUGGAGACAGCGGUAAAGUGCGCCGAUGCAUCACUGCCGGAUUCUUCCCGAACGCAGCGUACCUGCACCACUCCGGAGUGUACAAGACUCUGCGUGGGGAUAUGGUGCUACAUGUGCAUCCCACAUCUGUGCUCUACACCCUCGAGCAGCCACAAUGGGUGCUGUUCUGUGAGAUUCUCCAGACUGAUCGGACCUACAUGAGGGAGUUGACCGUUAUCGAGCCAGAGUGGUUGGAAGAGCUUGCCCCUCAUUUUUACCAAAAAUCAUUUGAAAAUGAGAGAUAGAAAAGAUACAGAAACAAGAUUGUAUUAUAUUUGUAAAUAUACUUUUCACAAAUUUCACUUUUUUA